AUGGAGGUAGACAGGCCCAGCCUCCAGCCCAACUCUUCCAUCUCUCCUGCAGCUGUUCUUCCCACCCAGUUCCAAGAGAUGGAGUAUGUGAGCCCUGAAGGCCUUCGCUUAGAUGGUCGCCGCCCCAUGGAAAUGAGACAAAUUCGUGCAGAGAUUGGUGUUGUUGCCAAAGCCGACGGUUCUGCUUUGUUUGAGAUGGGUAACACCAAAGUCAUUGCUGCAGUGUAUGGCCCUAGAGAGGUCCAAAAUAGGAGCCAACAAUUGAAUGACAGCGCACUGGUGCGAUGUGAGUACACCAUGGCAAAUUUUAGUACUGGGGAUCGCAUGAGAAAACCAAAGGGGGAUAGGCGAUCAACAGAGAUAUCUUUAGUUAUUCGCCAAACCAUGGAAGCAUGCAUUAUGACACAUUUAAUGCCUCGGUCCCAGAUUGAUAUUUUUGUGCAAGUCCUCCAAGCAGAUGGAGGAACUAGAUCUGCAUGCAUUAAUGCUGCAAGCCUGGCCCUUGCAGAUGCUGGAAUUCCAAUGCGUGAUCUUGUUACCUCCUGUAGUGCUGGCUAUCUUAAUAGCACACCUCUGCUUGAUUUAAACUACAUAGAAGAUAGUGCUGGAGGUGCUGAUGUCACUUUAGGCAUUUUGCCAAAGUUGGACAAAGUGACUCUUCUUCAGAUGGAUGCUAAAUUAUCAGUGGAAACUUUUGAAAACGUAAUGCAACUUGCGAUCGAAGGCUGCAAGGCGGUUGCAACCUACAUUCGAGAGGUAUUACUAGAGAAUACAAAGCAAUUGGAGUAUCGCCGAGGCAUCUAG